UCUCAGCUCUUCCGCUUCCGGUGAGGCUUCGUACUUACGAUGGCGGCCCCUCAGCCCGUUUGCAGCUUCCUCUUCAAGAAGCGUCGCCCCGCGCCCGGGAGGGGCCAGCGCAAAAGGCCGGGCAGCGACCAGGAGCCCGGGAGCAGCAGCGAUGAAGGCAGCACAGUGGUCAGGAAGGAGAGACGCAAGGAAGUUUCCAACCCCAUGAUUCAGAAGACCAAGAAAAGUGUGAAAGACCAUACCUCAUACGCGUCCAGCAGUAGCGAUGACGAGGGCAAGUCUAAAAGAAUUGGAGUUGCAUAUAAGUCUACAAGAUCUGCGAAACCUGUGGGUCCGGAGGACAUGGGCGCAACAGCUAUAUAUGAGCUGGACACAGAGAAAGAGAAAGAUGCACAAGCCAUUUUUGAACGCAGCCAGCAAAUACAGAAGGAACUUGAAGGGAAGGAAGAUGAUAAGAUUUACCGUGGGAUCAAUAAUUACCAAAAGUAUGUGAAGCCAAAGGAUACGUCCAUGGGCAAUGCUUCCUCAGGCAUGGUAAGGAAGGGACCCAUACGAGCCCCAGAGCAUCUCAGGGCCACUGUGAGAUGGGACUACCAACCUGACAUCUGCAAGGAUUACAAGGAAACUGGGUUUUGUGGAUUUGGAGACAGCUGCAAAUUCCUCCAUGACCGAUCGGACUACAAGCACGGCUGGCAGAUUGAACGAGAAUUGGAUGAGGGACGCUAUGGAGUUAAUGAUGAUGAAAACUACGAGGUGAGCAGUGAUGACGAAGAACUGCCUUUCAAGUGCUUCAUUUGCAGAAGCUCCUUCAAGAAUCCUGUGGUGACCAAGUGUAAACAUUACUUCUGUGAGAGAUGUGCCCUGCAGCAUUAUCGGAAGUCUCAGCGAUGUUACGUAUGUGACAAGCAAACAAAUGGUGUCUUCAACCCAGCCAAAGAGCUGAUAACAAAGCUGGAAAAACGCAAGACUGAAGAGGGACUCCCAGAUGAUGUGGAAGAGCCAGUGACAUUGCUCAGCCCUCAUUCUCCACCCCCCUCCCUGCCUUCAGAAACUAGUUCUGUGGCUGAAUAAAUAACUUAUACACAAA